AUGGCGGCCACUAGCUCGAGCACACGUCCAUCACCUGGCACGGUUUACUUCCAUAAACCCCAGGAGAAGCCCUACGGCAUCUUCUCACAAUGGUACAGAUGCUACUUUAAGGUUGAWGGACACUUGUACAUCAGCGCGGAGAUGUGGAUGAUGACGGAAAAGGCAAAGCUGUUCGGAGACGAGAAUAUCGUGCGGCAGAUGUUGAACACACAAGAUCCGAAAGACCAUAAGAGAUUGGGUCGACAGGUCAAGGGCUUCUCCCAUGCGAAGUGGGAUGCUCACAAAAGCCGGAUUGUGAUCGAGGGCAACUACCACAAGUUCACCAAAGGUCCAAACAGCAAAUACUUGGCUAAAGUUCUUCUCGAUACUGGAGACAGCGAAUUAGUCGAGGCAGCUCCAAAUGACCCGAUAUGGGGCAUCGGUUUCGCCGCAAAAGACGCCGAGCAAUCCAGGCGAGAGUGGGGAGAGAACCUUCUUGGAAAGGCAUUGAUGGAAGUCCGGCGGCGCCUGAGAGAGGAAGCGGCGCAUGCUGAGAGUGCUUGA